GAUGAGCUGAGGGGACAGUUUGGUAAGGGCAUGAUAGGAGACCAGCCUGACCCAUACUCCGUCUACCCGUUCGGCGAUCAGCCAGCGCCACCUACGGCCGCACACCUGACGACGUUCGGACCCAGCGCGCCAGCAGGGGGCGCCGCCGCGGGCCAGCGAGGCUUGCAGGAUUUUAGCAGUCGGCGCAGACAGCUGCUGUUGGGUGGGGAGCAGCUGGUGUCCUCUGAUACUCGAGGUGCUGAACCAAGAUACCAGUUGACCUCUGUGCCUGACCCGUUCAACCGAUCACAAAGCGUUUCCCGGAACAGCGCGACGCCGGACACGGUCGUGUCGGGAUCGUCGCCGGAGUUCCUGCUAGAUCUCCCGCAGGAGAAGUUUGUCGGGAUCCGCAUCGAUCACCGAGAUCCGCCCGAGAUCACACGCACUGCCUCGCCGAUCCUACCCCUCAUCGCCCCCAUCCCACUCAGAGCGUCGGAAGUGAAGGCCAGACAAGAAGAGAAGCUGAGAGAGGAAGCCGCCGCGCGAGGACACGGCUGGGAGGAGCAGCAGCGGGACAAGAGGCCAACAUGA